AGCCAUUUGCCUUCCCGCACGGAAUCCCCUCCCUUUCUCCCUCUCUCUCUCGCUGACGGAACUGUAACUCAGGGAGCUUCCGAUGAUCUCUCCCCGGCAUUCCGUCUUCCUUCUCGUUCCGCUCCUCGCUCUCGCCACCUCCGUCCAUGGCGCCGACCCUCUGUACGACUUCUGCGGGACCACCGGCAACUUCACCGGCAACAGCACCUACGACGCCAACCUCAGCGACGUCCUCGCCUCCGUCGCCUCCUCCUCAAGCGCCACCGCUGGUCAAGGCUUCUACAACCUCUCCGCCGGCCAGAGCCCCGACGCCGUCAACGCCAUCGCCCUCUGCCGAGGCGACGUCGGGGACGCCGAUUGCCGGAGCUGCCUGAACGACUCCGCCGCCGAGAUCGCUCGCCGGUGCCCGGUGCAGAAGGAGGCGAUCAUCGAGUACGACUACUGCAUGCUUCGGUACUCGAAUCGAUCCAUUUUCGGGACCAUGGAGGCCUUGCCUGCCUUCUACAUGUCGAACACCAACGAUGUCACCGGCAAUGUCGAUCAGUUCAAUCAGGUUUUGAGAAAUCUAACAGACGGUUUGCGAGACCGGGCUGCAAAUGGCAAUUCGACGAGGAAAUUUGCUGUCGGUAGCGCGAUGGCUCCAAACUUCAAAACUCUGUUUGGACUUGCGCAGUGCACUCCAGACUUGUCGCAACUACAAUGCGACAGUUGUUUGGUGCAAGCUAUUGGACAAAUUCCUCAGUGUUGUAAUCAGAAAGAAGGGGGGAGGGUUAUUACUCCCAGUUGCAAAAUCGGGUUUGAAGAGUACCCCUUUAUUAAUCCUUCGGGUUAUGAGUCGCCACCGUCACCACCACUGGCACCACAAUCGCCAGUCUCUCCUCCGCCGCCUCCAACGAAUAACCCAUCCACUAAAGGAAAGGGCACCAAGUCCGGUCGUAUUGCCCUCAUUAUCACAAUCCCAGCUGUUGGAUUAUCUCUUUUAAUUGCUGGAAUAUUAUGCAUCUGUUUGAGGUCGAGAAGAUUGAAGAAAAACUUCAAAACUGUACCUGAAGAUGAAAUCAGAACUGCAGAAUCCCUGCAGUACGACUUGAAUACCAUCAGAGCGGCAACAAAUGACUUCUCUGAUGCAAAUAAGUUGGGACAAGGUGGAUUUGGCACAGUUUACAAGGGAACAUUGGCCAAUGGACAAGUUAUAGCUGUAAAAAGGCUGUCUGUAGAUUUGGGACAAGGUGAUCGACAAUUUAAGAACGAGGUCCUCUUGGUUGCACGGCUUCAACACCGGAAUUUGGUUAGGCUCUUAGGCUUUUGCCUGGAGGGGACAGAAAGGCUUCUUAUAUAUGAGUUCGUACCAAACUCAAGCCUGGAUAACUUUAUAUAUGAUCCUGUUAGGCGUAGUCAGCUGGAUUGGGAAAGGCGUCAAAAGAUAAUAGGAGGCAUUGCUCGUGGGCUUCUUUACCUUCAUGAGGAUUCUCAACUUCGAAUCAUUCAUCGGGAUCUUAAAGCGAGCAAUGUUUUGCUUGACGCAGAGAUGACCCCUAAAAUUUCAGAUUUUGGCACAGCAAGGCUAUUCAUGGUGGAUCAAACUCAAGACGCCACAAGCAGGGUUGUCGGCACUUAUGGCUACAUGGCUCCAGAGUAUGCAAUGCAUGGUUUGUUCUCAGUCAAGUCAGAUGUGUUUAGUUUUGGGGUGAUGCUACUAGAGAUUAUUAGUGGUCAAAAACGUAGCCGCUUCUGCAUUGGGGAUACGGUGGAGGACCUUCUUAGCUAUGCAUGGAGGAGUUGGAGGGAAGGGACAGCCUCAAAUCUCAUAGAUCCUAAUUUGACCAGUGGUUCGAGGACCAAAAUGUUGAGGUGCAUUCAUGUUGGAUUGCUGUGUGUUCAAGAAAUUAAGGCUGACAGACCAACCAUGGGUGCGGUGAUCUUGAUGCUCAAUAGUUACUCCACCACCUUGCCCCUACCAUCACGACCUGUGUUCAUUUUGCACAGUAUCCCUGAAUCUGACACAGCUUCGCGAUCUGGAAACAGACAAAACAAAGAAUCAGUGAACGAGGCUUCCAUCACCGAGUUAUAUCCUCGAUGAUCACAGAUUGGAGUCCAAAUUUGUGUGAAUCUUGUGUUCGAUUGUGUUAAAUUCAUGUGUGUUUUCUUUUUUCACCUUGUGCUAGGAGAUGAGAUGCAUGUGAAACUUCCCACGAGUCAACUACAUGGUGAUAUCAUCUAUCUCAAGUUAUGCUCUUACCUUUACACUGUCUGAACCUGGAAGGAGACUGGAUGGAGCGCCAAGGCAAUGUGUUAUAUAACUACAUCAUUUG